GGAGCGGAACCGAGGGGCCCGGCCGGGCUGGGCAUGAGGAGCCUGGCCGCAUCCCGCACAGUACCAGGCAUCUGCCACUGUUGGAAGACCGGACACUGGACCAUUGGCCCUUCUUAUGUCAUUUAAUCUCUUUCACCAUAAUUUAAUUUGUUAAUAUUUUGGACAAGAAGAACAACAAUGAUGUCAAAACAAGCCUUCCUCUGCAGUUUGGGCUCUCUCUAUUUGUCCCUCCUGUUUGUGUUUCUGCUGAUGGAUGUCUAUGCCAGGCCUGCAAACAAUUCUGCCUUAAAAGAGAAAGCGGUUGACAGCAAAGAUGAGAAUGAGAUCCUGCCGCCAGACCACCUGAAUGGGGUCAAAAUGGAGAUGGAUGGACAUCUUAACAAGGAGUUUCAUCAAGAGGUUUUUCUAGGAAAAGAGAUGGAAGAGUUUGAUGAAGAUUCUGAACCAAGAAGGAACAGAAGGAAGCUUAUGGCCAUAUUUUCAAAGGUAGAUAUUAAUAGGGACAAAAAAAUAAGCGCUAAAGAGAUGCAGCGUUGGAUCAUGGAGAAGACAGAAGAGCAUUUCCAGGAAGCUGUGGAAGAGAACAAAAUGCAUUUCCGAGCUGUGGACCCUGAUGGCGAUGGCCAUGUGUCUUGGGACGAGUAUAAAAUAAAGUUUUUGGCAAGCAAGGGCUUUAAUGAAAAAGAGAUUGCAGAGAAGAUCAAAAACAACGAAGAGCUAAAAAUUGAUGAAGAAACACAGGAAGUUUUAGAUAAUCUGAAAGACCGUUGGUACCAAGCUGACAAUCCACCUGCUGACCUGUUACUGAAUGAGGAAGAGUUCUUGUCUUUUCUUCAUCCGGAGCAUAGUAGGGGGAUGCUGAAGUUUAUGGUCAAAGAAAUCAUCCGUGAUCUAGAUCAAGAUGGAGAUAAGAAACUCACCCUUUCAGAGUUCAUUUCCUUGCCUGUUGGUACAGUAGAGAACCAGCAAGCUCAGGAUAUUGAUGACGAUUGGGUGAAAGAUAGAAAGAAGGAAUUUGAGGAAGUGAUUGAUGCCAACCACGAUGGCAUUGUCACCAUGGAAGAGCUGGAGGAAUACAUGGAUCCUAUGAAUGAGUACAAUGCCCUAAAUGAAGCCAAGCAGAUGAUAGCUGUGGCAGAUGAGAAUCAGAACCAUCACUUGGAGCUGGAGGAGAUCCUGAAAUACAGCGAAUACUUCACUGGCAGCAAGCUUAUGGACUAUGCACGUAAUGUUCACGAGGAGUUCUGAUCAUGCUCAUCUCUGCAGAGCUCUGAAGCACCUUCUUGCUUUCCAAAAACAAAAAGAAAGUUACCUUGCUGCUAUAUGUGUUGUGUGUGUAUGAUGUGUUGUCCUAGACUUAAAAAAAAACAAAACAAAAAAACCCGUCCAUAUAGAAGAACUGCAGUUCUCCUUUAACCUUCAGUAUAAAGAAGGAAAGGGCUGUAAGUAACAAGGCAGGAUCUGGACUAACCAGUUCAUACUACCUUGUGCAGUUAUUGUAGCUGAAAGUUCAGCUUCGGCCUUGUGAAGGCAUCUUUAAAUAUCCAACUUCUGUUGCCUACAAAGCUGCUGAUCUAUGAAAAUCAUCAUUAACAUUGGAGGAUCUUAGCUUUUUUUUUUUUUAAAGGAGAUCGUUUUGGAUAUUUCUUUUCUGACAGCGUUCUAGGAGAAUCCAGCAAGGGAUUAAUUGGCGUAUAAGGUGCGUUGGUUUUGCUCAGCACAGGAUCCUUUAUAUUUAGGGGUGUGGAUAUGUACUUUUCAGCUCAUGAACGUCAGCUGUAAAUUGCAUCAGAGGUGCACACUGUCUCAAUGCAGGUGGGCUGAUUAGGUUGUGUUUUCAGCUGCCAAAAUCAAGUGUAUAUUCACCUCACUCACUUCUAAUUGUACUAGAGUGGCCACUAGCAGGGUGAAGAAAAGAAAAAUGUGAACACUCUUACAAUAUUCACUAUAAGUGAAAGGCUCCAUCAGACGAACUAUGACUGCUGAGGAGCUUAUUUAUAUUCGCCGUUGCUUUUGGCUGGACAGGCCUGGUUUUCAUUGCAUUCCAUUAUACGAAUGAGAAGCCGGCUGCAUCUGAGUCUGUUAAAGUUUUUGAACAGAGUAAGUAUUUUCUUUUAGCACUCUGCUGACAGGAACAAUAUGGCUGGAAAGAACAGACAGCCAGGAGAAAGGAAAUGGCAGCCACAUUGCUUUAAAGGCUGUCCAGCCCGAUCUGUACUUUUUUUGGUUCAUCUUCCUCCUCUUCCUGCAUUUUUCACAAUACCUUUUAGUCUGGGUAUUGGGUGUCCAGUGUUGGAGACUAUUAUUAAAUAACUGCUUUUCCAACACUGCUUUCGCAAUCUGAAAAAUUACUUUCCAUUUUAAACAGGAGUGUUCGAAAUUUUACAAGUGAAAUCCUUUUUUUGAUUUAAAGCAGAAUGGAAACUGAUCUACAGUGUCACAGAAAUCCCGCCCUUGUGCUGUUCUGCAGCAGUGGGAAUGAGAAGCUCAUUUUAAUCACUUUCAUUUCAAAAGAGCUCACAUUUCUAAAUACAGAGAGAGGAAUGCCUUAACCUGUGAAUGUUCAGGGAGCUGCAGGGAGCAAAAAUGGAUUCAACUUUUAGAAUCAUGAAUUGUGUUGCAACUAAUUAGAAUUCACUCUGUCUCAAUCUGGUUAAAUUUGUUAAAACUAGAAAUUUGUAGAGCUGUUUGGUUAGGUCUCACAAGCUAAUCCCUACAAGUAGGAUUGGUUUCAACCUCCAUUGGUUUAAUUUAUGUCCCACUCUUCUCUAGCUGUACUGUGGUCUAGCAGAGGCAGUUCAGAACUUCUUAAGGUUCCUUGAGCUUUUUGGUUUAAUCUGUUUUGGCGGUAAUCUCUAUGGAGAAUCUUGCAACACAAGGGUCAUAUCCACUAAUGUUUAAAAUAAAAAAUGCUUCACUUUUUUCUAGCCUUACCCUUGCUGUAAAAAAAACAUCUUUUGGGGGCUUGCUUGAAAUUCCAAUUAAGGUGUGUUAUAUCUAAUCAAGUUUAUUCUCUUAAUAUAAUGUAAAUACAGGGAUUGCUGUUUGUUUUGAUUUAAAAUGUCCCCUUUUUUUGUUAAAUGGCUUGUAUCAAAGUCUUUUUAUAUACAUUUAUCUUUUUUGCAUUAAAUAUAUUUCUCUGUGC